CCGAGGUAAAGAACUAUUUCCACAUGGUUUACUGGAUUAUCAACUACAGGCCUGGUGUCACAACUCAGCCAGCAAACUGUUCAGUUAACAUCUCCACCUUAGUCAUUCACUGCGACACUGGUUUGAACUGGACACAGUUUGUUCAAGCAGUAACUCAGGUUCUGAUGUCACCAAAUCAAGACGUCCUGGUGAAUUGUCUCAAAGGAACUGUAAACCUGUUGCAAUAUGUUUAUAGUGACAUCUAUAAACAUCUGACAGGAAGUGAAGGUGGAGAUGCGCUCUCUGCCUACCUGAUUAAUCUGAUGCAUAACCUGGAUGGCUUUGUCCAGACUAUCACCAUCCUACCUGACCAAAACAUCUCUAACCCUGAUGUCAUGCUACCCCUCAUCAGUAACCUGUUCCAAUCCACAGGUCUGACACCACUGCUGCCUCUGCUCCUCAGUGAUGGUCCCUUCAAUGUCUCUGCAUUGUUUGAUGUAGCCUCACAGCUUGGCAACUUUAUUUUCAAUGAGACAGACCCAACAAUGUCUGAACUGGAACAGCUGAUACUGCAGUUGCUCUCCUUGGGGGGUAAUCUCAACAUGUCUCUCUCCCGCAUCAUGGCACACAAUCUACUUAAAUAUUCAGACUACUUCCACCCUGACAAUGUGACCCUGCUCAAAGAAGCCAUCCAGCCUUUCACCAACCAGACCUCAGCCAUCCUCAGUGCCAUGGAGCUACUGAAGACAGUGAGGAAUUCUCCAAAUGGUGACCCAACUAACAUCAUUCUGGGGUACAUACUCCAGCUUCAAGAACUUGUGAAAUCUCUGAAUACACUACCGAAUGGGCAGCUGAGUACAGCACAAGCCACUGACCUCCAGCUGCUUUUGAAGGACUUUCUCAAUCUCCUCACGCCCGAGAACCUUCAAAACCUGACUCAA